AUGAACCGCGGCGCCAGCAUAAGGGACAAGAGCCACGCAGCAAGAUCACCAAGUCCUCCUAUACCUCUUCCAUUUCACUUCCAUAAAUCACAACCAAACACUCAGCAGCAACAACAGCAGCAUCAACUUCAUCUACAACAACAACAUCAACAUCAACAGGAACAGUUGUAUCUCCAGCAGCAACAACAACACCAACUACAUCUGCAACAGCAACAGCAACAGCAGCAGCAGCGACAACGCAGUUGGCUGGGCCAAGUACCACCACGUCUGCGGGAACCCCUUCAUCAACCACAUCCACAGCCACAGCCACAGCCCCAGCCACAUCCACAGCCACAGUCACAUCCACAUCAGCUGAUGAAGAAGCAUUACUCACAGCUCGAAGCUCAGCCAAUGAAUAUGGUGCAGUCGCCAGAGUUGGUCUCACUCAAGCCCAGUGGCGGCAGUGGUGGCAAGGCCCUGCUGCCACACCAACAACAUGGUGUCCAUCCGCCGCCACUCGCUCAAUUGUCCAUGUCCAACACCACACCAUACUUUGUUGGCAAUGGCGGACUAGUCAACAGCAACAGCAACGGCAACAACAAUAUGAACUACAUUUCAUCACGAUUAUAUGAACGAUCUAUCAGAGGCAUCGAGCCACAAUAUAGCGAUGAUGGCGCAACGCCUCAGCCGACCAUCGUCUCCAAACAUUUUUCUUCUUCCUCCUCCUCUUCCUCCAUCAUUGGUGGCAGUGGCGCCAUCCCCACAUCGCCAAACGGUAUACCCUAUAGCAAACCAUUGGCGGUGACCCCUACCUCACCUACAACCGCACCAACCUCACCCAACUACUUCAAUCGAUCUUCAUUACAACAACAGUCCGACAAUAUUGCCAACAACAACAACAGCGGCAACAGCAUCAUCAGUGGCGCCAAUGGCUCAUUCAUACGGCAUCCAAAAGGCAGCAGCAGCAGUAGUGGCAGUAGUAGUAAUAUUAGUAAUAGUAAUAGUAGUAGUAAUCUUAGCGCCUCAACUACUGCUGGUAACAGCAGUAGUAGCAGCACUCAGACCCAUACGACCAAGCAGCGGCCGCCGCUGCUUAUGAGCAACAACAACAACAACUAUUACUACAACAACAACAACAUCAACAAACAUCAAGAUCAGUACACCUUUUCGCUGUGA